CCCCACCCCCGUCCUCUCCCUCCCCCAGUGUGACCGGCCGAGCCGGCCCUCCCUAGGUCUCUAGUAGUUUCCGCGGCGCUGACGCAUGCUUGCGCACGCAACCCAGCCUGGCGCGUUGUACGCAGCCACCGCGAGCCGGGCUGCGGGUGCCAGGCGGUUCCCCCGCGCGGGGCAGGGGCGGGACUCCCGGUAGAGGAGCCCGGAGGAGGGUCGCCUGACGGCUGAGUUGCCAUGGCAUCCUACUACGAGAUUCUAGACGUACCGCCGAGUGCGUCUGCUGAUGACAUCAAGAAGGCGUACCGAAAGAAGGCUCUGCAGUGGCACCCCGACAAGAACCCAGAUAAUAAGGAGGUUGCUGAGAAAAAAUUUAAGGAGGUGGCAGAAGCUUAUGAAGUUCUAUCUGACAAGCACAAACGGGAGAUCUAUGACCGCUACGGCCGGGAAGGGCUGACGGGGGCAGGAACUGUGCCCUCUCAACCAGAAGCUGGUGGUAUGGGACCUGGCUUCACAUUCACCUUCCGGAGCCCAGAGGAAGUCUUCCAGGAGUUCUUUGGGAAUGGAGACCCUUUCUCGGAGCUCUUUGAUGACUUGGGCCCUUUCUCAGAGCUUCAGAACCGAGGUGCCCGACACACUGGCCCUUUCUUCACCUUCUCUUCCUCCUCUCCUGGCCAAUCUGAUUUCUCCUCGUCGUCUUUCUCCUUCAGUCCUGGGGCUGGUGCUUUUCGCUCGGUCUCGACAUCCACCACCUUUGUCCAAGGACACCGCAUCACCACACGCAGAAUCAUGGAGAACGGGCAGGAGCGGGUCGAGGUGGAAGAGGACGGUCAGCUGAAGUCAGUCUCCAUCAAUGGUGUCCCAGAUGACCUGGCGCUAGGCUUGGAGCUGAGCCGUCGUGAGCAGCAACCUUCAGUCACCUCCAGGUUGGGGGGCACGCAGGUCCAGCCAACCUCUGUCUUCCGUCCCGCUGAUAGCGACCUUUCUGAGGAUGAGGACCUGCAGCUCGCCAUGGCCUACAGCCUGUCAGAGAUGGAAGCGGCUGGGCAGAAGCCAGCAGGUGGGCGGGAGGCACAGCGGCAGAGGCAGGGGCGGUCCAAGGCCCAGCACCAAGACCUUGAUGUGGGAGGCACGCAUAAGGGGGUGAGGGGCGAGGCAGCCAAACCCAGCCCGUCCUCAGAGGAGAAGGCCUCUCGCUGCCUCAUUCUCUGAAAACUGGGCCAAGCCUGACCUGAUUCAGGUCCUGACUCAGAGUCCAGCAGCUCACUGUGGCCUGAGUUGCAGGAUCCUGAACUCUGUCCCUCCACAAGUUCCUCUCCCAGGCCCACCAACCUACAGCUGGACCAGGGAUUUAUUGUGUUCUGUCCAGGACUGAUAAGUCCCUGGGUAAAGCCCAGGAUUGGGGGCAUCAGAGCCAGGGAAGGGCCCAUGGAGCCCAGAGGCGCAUGGUUGGAUCAGGCAUUACUGAGGGACAUUAGUCGUUUGGGAUGGGCCUUUGUGCCCAAGCCUUCUUCUGCCAUCUGUGUUGCUGAUGCUCUCAAGGAAGGAGGACUUGGCCUGGCAUGCUUUGAGCUCAAGUUGGCAGCUCCCCCCGCCUCCCUGGGAGCAGCAGAGGCUGAGUGGAGCCUCUGCUGUCCUUGUCCAGCUGCAGACACCCCCCCACCCCCACACCGGUUUCUGUGCAGAACUGAGUUCUUACCCAUUGAUGUCUCUGUUUUCCCCCUGGCGCUGCUCUCCUUCCCGCUCCGCUCUCUGCAACUCCCUGUGGCUGCGUGGCUUGCUUUCACUGCUGCUUGGCUAGGACUUCCUCCUCCUCCUCCUCCUCUUUGAAGCCUCAGUGUGCCCAGGAAGAUGCUGGGUCCAGUGGGGCCAUGAGAUCUUCUGGGGAGGCUAGCUAGGUGGGGUGGAAGCCUCUUGGCCCUCCAGGGUCUCAACCAGAAUCAACUUCUCUUCCCUCCUCCUUGCUGCCUCAGCCUGCCCUGGCCAUAGGACUAGGCAGAGGUGAGGCUGGCUAUCCUUGGAGAGGUGGGAUAGGGCCAGGGUGACCCAGUGGGGGGGCCUAGGUGGGGACUGUCCUUGUCCAUCACACAUCAGAGCUCAGGGGCCGACCACAGGGCCUGGCCUAGGCGUGCAUGCUCAGCUCCGCCCUCCGUGUGCUUGCAGCUGACCCUCUCUCCUAUCCCCCCCCCCUGCUCUCUCCCCAGAUGUGUUCUGAGCUGGAUAUCCUGGAUACAGAGUUGCUGCAGUUUCAACAGGACAGCGCCCUCCCCAG